GCAAGAUCUGACCAAAGUGCGAUCAAACAAGGAAAUGUUCCUGUUUCUGCAGUUUUCACUUCCUCAGCGUCGCAAGACUUCAACAAAACAGUCCUUGGAUCCUCCGUGGCUGUCUUUCUCUGUCUAAAAGGAGACGCCUCUUUUUGGUUUCACUUCCUCUCACUAAAACACCUCUAGUUCUCUGAGCGCUUUCCCUUUUCUUGAGCUCUUUCUGAUUCUCUGCAAACCUUUUCUCUGUUAUUAAACUGAGCUAUCUUUAGAACCCAAAUGUCAAAAUUUUUUCUUUUUUGGGAAUUUUUAUGAAAAUUGUUGCUUUUUAUAUCAUAACAAAGUCAUUUCACCAUCAGAGAUCCGUCUUUUGAGGGGGUAACAAUGAAGUCUUCAACUCGGCUUGAUUCAAUGGUGUUCCAACUCACACCAACCCGAACCAGGUGUGAUUUGGUGAUAUCUGCAAAUGGAAAGACAGAGAAAAUGGUUUCAGGUUUGCUUAAUCCAUUUCUUGCCCAUUUGAAGACUGCACAAGAGCAGUUGGCCAAGGGUGGUUAUUCAAUUAUACUUCAACUAGACCCCAGCAUUGAUGCAACUUGGUUCACAAAAGGAACGGCGGAAAGGUUUGUUCGAUUUGUGAGUACUCCACAGAUCUUGGAACGGGUGUAUACUGUCGAAUCUGAAAUUUUGCAGAUUGAAGAGACUAUUGCAAUUCAAAGCAAAAACAAUAUAGGAUUGAGUGCUGUAGAAGAACGCCAAGCAAAACCUUUGGAAAGCAUAGAAGUCAGCAGGGCUACACCAGAUUCCAACGAGGAGAAAGCCAUUGUCCUUUACACCCCUGGUGCACAGCCACCUGAAGUGAAUGGGUCUGCUGUGCAAGAAGGAAAUUCUAAAGUUAAACUUUUGAAAGUCCUGGAGACACGGAAGACAAUGCUGCAGAAAGAGCAAGGUAUGGCCUUUGCACGUGCUGUAGCUGCUGGUUUUGACAUUGACCAUGUAGCACCUUUGAUAUCAUUUGCUGAGAGUUUUGGAGCCUCUCGUUUGAGGGAUGCUUGUGUAAAAUUUACUCAAUUAUGGCAAAGAAAGCAUGAAACUGGCCAGUGGCUUGAGAUUGAAGCAUCUGAAGCAAUGUCUAGUCAAUCUGAUUUCUCUGCUAUGAAUGCAUCUGGCAUUGUGUUUUCCAAUAUGAUCAAUAAGCAGAAAGAGCUCAAGGAAGGAGGGCCUGAAAUUUCAGUAAAUAAUGGAAAAGCUGGUGUUGAGUCAAGUACAGAUGAGAAGCCUCCAAUUGAUCAACAGACCCCUGACCAUCAAGAAUAUUACAAGGGCCAGUUUCCACAUCCAAUGUUUCCUCCCUGGCAUAAACAUUCUCCACCAGGUGAUGUGCCAACCUUUCAAGGAUAUCCUAUGCAAGGCAUGCCCUACUACCCAAACCAUCCAGGAGGUAGCCCCUUCUUUCAGCGACCUUAUCCUUCAAUGGAGGAUCCAAGAUUCAGUGUUGGUCAAAGAAUACUGAAACGGCAUUCAAUGGAUGGCAGAGAUAGCCAUAAUGGAUCGGAUACUUGGGAGAGGGAGAGAGCAAAAUCUCAACAUGACGAGGAGUUGGAGAAUGAAACUUCACUUAGUCCAAAAUCAAGAAAGAAGAGUAGCAGGUCAGGUAAAAAGCAGUCAGGAAUGGUGGUCAUUCGGAACAUCAAUUAUAUCUCUUCAAAGAGGCAAAACUCUUCAGGUAGUGAUUCAUGGUUGCAUUCUGGCUCUGAAAUGGAUGAGGAUGAUGGAGAUACUGAGCAUAAGAACUCUCUGAGAUCCUCAAAGGGGAAAGGAAGUCAAAUAAAGUCUGUUGAUGGAAUGAAUUCAUUUGAUACGGAAGAAACUGUUCCUGGGAAGAAGAUAGAUGGUGGACAGUGGCAAGCAUUUCAAAAUUAUUUACUUAGAGAUGCUGUAGAGGAAGAACAUAGGACCGACCAAGGCAUGUUUUCAGUGGAAAAGGAGGUUCAAGGAAAGAGAAGGCCAAAUGGAGUGGGUGAAGAUCCUUUAGUUUUUGGUGGACGAAAAAUGGGUCAAUUCAAAGGAGGGAAUAAAACUGACAUGCAUAAAAUUAGUUCAAGUGGCUUUCGCAUGCCUAAAGCAUCAGAUGAUCAGUCUUUAAUUUCUAGAAGAGGUGGUCACUCUGCUGAUGGUAAGAUUUUCAUGGAUGGUCAAAUGGAUUUAAAUUCAACAGAAAUAGAUGGUAGGAGGGUGUAUAGGAGAACCACAAAUGAUGACUUUAUAAUAGAUAGACAACAGAUUCAAUCAGAUUUUAUGAAUUCUCCAUCAGAUCCACUUGCUGUUAAUGGGUUUGAACGUUCAUCAGACAGUUUGGAAAGAAAAUCAUCAAAUAAUAUAAAUGAUGAUUCCUACAUAGUUCCAUUCAGGUCAACUUCAGUCACUCAAGUUGGAAUUGAUGAUCGCAAUGUUAUCAAUAUGGAUUCUGAGUUCUUGUCACUUCAGAAAGCUGAAAAUAUAUCUGAUAGGGUUGAAAGCCAGGUCAACUAUGAACCAGAUGAUUUGAGUUUGAUGCCUAAUCGUGGAAUGUUAGAAAUGGGGUCAAUAGGUUAUGAUCCUGCUUUGGAUUACGAAAUGCAGGUUCAUGCUGUAGAUGGUAUUUCACUGGAUAAGAAAAAUAAAGAGAGCAUGCUGGGGUCUAAAGAGUCAGACAAGGUCCGAAAAUCAAAACUUAUUGCUGAUCCUUCAGAUAAAAAGAAGGCUGUAGGGCCAAUAAGGAAACGGAAACCUUCAAAACUGAGUCCUUUGGAUGAAGCAAAAGCCCAGGCUGAGAGGCUAAGAACCUAUAAAGCUGAUCUUCAGAAAAUGAAGAAGGAGAAGGAAGAGGCAGAGAUUAGACGACUGGAAGCAUUGAAGAUGGAGAGACAAAAGAGAAUCACUUCUAGAGGUAGCUCUGUUCCUGUUCAGUCAUCUGUGGUUGCACAAAGCAGGAAACAAUUGCCAUCAAAACUUUCCCCAAGCUCUUAUAAAGGAUCAAAGUUUACUGAUGCUGAGCCUGCAUCAUCAUCGCCACUACAAAGAUCCAUCAGGACUGCUUCUGUGGGAUCAGCUGAUUCUCACAAAGCCUCCAAACCCAGCAAAUUGAACACUGGAAGCCACUCCAGUGGAAAUAGAUCAAGCUGGUCAGUUUCAUCACUUGGUGAACCGAAGAAAGACAAUGGAGGUGUAACUCCUGAUGCAAAGGCAUCUACAGCAAGGAUUAGAAGAUUAUCAGAGCCGAAAACAAGUAGCAGCCCACAUGUUUCUUCAGUGAAGUCACGGAACUCUGAACCAUCAUCCAAGACAAAAGUAUCUGGAGGGCCUGAAAGCAAAAAAAUAUCAGCAAUUAUGAACCAUGAUAAAAGUAAGAUUGCAUCUCUUCCAGAGCUCAAAAUUAAAACAACUAAAGCCCCUGAGGUUACCCACUGCAAAUCAGGAGGAAAUGGAAUAACUCAGAAGGUGAAUGGAAGAAUUUCUUCUAUCACCGAUGUUACUGAACCAAAUAGGAACAAGGACAAAGUUUCACUUCAUAUUAAUGGGGAUGAAAGUACGGUAAUUGAGAAAACCGUUGUGAUGCUUGAAUGUGAGAAGCCCUCCAUACCCACAUUAAACUCAUCAGAAGGAACUGCAGCAGUACAGGAGGAAAAUGAUGGCAUCUUUAAAAUAGGGAGGAAAACUGAGAUGGUGUCAGAUUAUGCUGUCAUUCAUGCACCAGUUUCUUCACUGAAUGUUGAUGCAGUUGAUAAAGAACACCAGAUACAGCAAAGACCACAAGCUUAUGAGGUUCAAAAGGGAAAUGUGAGUAACACUGAGAAGGAAUCAUCAAAAUUUAUGAGCUCAAGUGUUACUGAAAAACCUUAUCAAGUCCCUUUUGCUCGGAUCUCUUCUUUGGAAGAUCCAUGUACUGAAAUUUCAGAGUAUGGCAGAGCACCUCCAACUAGCAUUCAGGCUGCAGCAACAGAGUUGGAGAGUAUUAUAGCUCUUGUGGUCGAUUCUAAGAACUUGAAAUUAGAAAAUAUUCCUGAAGUGUUGGAUAAGUCUCAGGUAAAGGAGUCAUCCAAAGGAUUUCGACAGCUGUUGAAGUUUAGAAGAAAGAAUCAUAGCUCAGCUACAAGCAAACAUGGUAUCAGAUCAGACAGUGUUGGUGUUAAUGGUUCUAAGGCUGGUGAGUUGGUUGCAAACACUUCUUCUUCUACUGAAGUUCAUACAUUGAAGAAUCUAAUCUCUCAGGAUGAGACCCCGAAAGCGGGCAAAACUCCACGGAAGUCUUCUCGCUUGUUUUCCCUGUUGUCACCAUUCAGAAGCAAGACUAGUGAAAAGAAGUUGACAGCUUUAUGAUGAAGGUGAAGCGUAAAGCUUGUCUUCUUUUCUGUGGAUCAUGAAUUUUUUUAAUCCUUAUUUGAAUGUGAAAAAAUAGGUACCAUUGAGAAUUUUUGUUGUAAAAAAUUUCUUUCAGCGGCCACAUUGGUUAGUUAAUGUUCUUGAGCUGAAUUGGUUCGUAGCAAAAUUUCCACAUGAUUAUAAGAACAUUUUUCCCCUUUUUUUUUUUUUUUGUAUCCAUA